GCUCUGUCCUGAAGCUCUCAUGGAACAUGGCGGCGCUCUGGGUGUCCGGCGUUGCUAGAAGCUUCACGUGGAUAGUCGCAGGGGCGCCACGCAGAGAAUUUUGGUCUCGAUUCAGAAAAGAGAAACAGCCAGUGGUGGCUGAGACAGUAGAAGAGGUGAAGAAAGAACCUAUUCUGGUGUGUCCACCCUUACGAAGCCGAACUUACAUACCACCUGAAGAUCUCCAGAGUCGUUUGGAAUCUCAUGUCAAGGAAGUUUUUGGUUCAUCUGUUCCUAACAAUUGGCAGGACAUCUCCCUGGAAGAUGUUCAUCUUAAGUUCAGCUUCUUGGCGCUUUUAGCUGAUGACUUGGGCCAUGCAGUGCCUAACUCCAGGCUUCACCAGAUGUGCAGGGUCAGAGAUGUUCUUGAUUUCUAUAAUGUGCCUGUUCAGGAUAGAUCUAAAUUUGAUGAACUUAUUGCCAGUAAUCUGCCUCCCAAUUUAAAAAUCACUUGGGGUUACUGAGCAGUUUAAAGGAGGAACACGUUGAAAUAGUUUUUUUUCCACCUGAGAAGGGGGCUGCUUAUCAGACAUUUUGAUACUUUACCAUGUGAAAUGCUGUCAGAACUGGUCUGUAAAUCCACUCUUUUCUGUGGAAAGAUGUAUCAUCUCCCUUUUUUUUUAAUCAUCAUGAAUUGACAAAUAUGAUUUUCUUUUCACAUUUGCUGAAACUUUUUUUUUUAAUGGAACCAGGUCAUUAAUAAUUUAUGAAAAUAUAUAUUACAUAACAAGGUAACAUUUAUAAAAGAAACAUAAAAAUCU